UGGCGCUCAGAAAAUCGAAAAUUCAAUAUAUAUCUUAGUUACUUUAGGCGAAUAAAGGUUGCUGUAAUCGAGUAAAGAAUAUGUAUUUAUAUAUAGAUAGAUCUUAACUAAAACAAAAAAGGAACAUAAUCUGAAUCAGUAGAACUGAGAAAAUAAGACUUUUCUAGAUCGACUAUUUGACGUAAAAAGUUAACCAAUGCCUGGAAUUUUUUAGUUUGGAGUAGAAGAAAAGUUGAUAUGUUUACUUCCCUGCAAACCACCUCUGCAAAUUUUAGUUUAACUACUGCAAUAUGUGUUGCAUUGAUUUCGUUUUUGUAGUUUUUUUUUAUUUUUAAGAAGAUUUGAUGUUUUCUUUUUGAAAAGGAAAAAUUAUUUAUGACUAUAUAAAAAAGCAUAAAUUAGCUUCUAUUGAAGACUAUGCUAGGAGUCUAAAAAAAGGACUAUAUAAAAUAUACUGCAAUCAUGGAAGAUGAUGGUUUUAUUUGGUCAGAAGAGUUUGAACAAACUCAUUUAAAUCUUGUUAAUAUACAAAUUGUACCAAAUUCACCGGAUAAGCAGGAAAAUCCUUAUUUGGAUGUUUUUGAGCAUUUUGAAUUACUAUCGGAUUCAAGCGAUUCGGGAAGCAGCAGCGCCUCGAAUAGUGGUAGAAAACGUAAAUCCUUACUUCCUGCACCUACUUCUCUCCCUCAAAACUCCAUUUCCACUACCCAAGGCUUUAAAAUUGGAGACAGAGUACGAAUAUCUGGUACAAAAUCGGGUAUUCUGAAAUAUUUUGGUAAAACAAAAUUUGCUCAGGGUGAAUGGUGUGGCAUUGAAUUAGAUGAAAAAAUUGGUAAAAACAAUGGAAGCGUUGAAGGUGUUACCUACUUCAACUGUGAAGAUAAUUUUGGUAUUUUUGCUCCUGUGAGUAAAGUCACUAUGGAGAAGAAGGAGGAAGUAGAAGUUAAGAGGGCAAGACAAAACCAAUCGUCUUAUCAGAGUCGAUUGUCGAUGGGUCUUCGUUCCUCUAAACUCCGACAGAAUCAAACAGACUCCAAAGAUAAAGAAAAGUCUGUUGCAACUGGGGCAACAACUAGUGAAUCUAAAGUCGAAAAACGCACUGAUACCAAAGGAAAAAAGAAAAAUACAACGAUCACCAAAGUCGAUGAUCCAUCCGCUGGUAGUAGUGAAGACCCUAGUGAAUGUCGUGACAAAUUUCCUCCAAAUAUUCAGUCAAUGGAAAAAAGUUCUGACGUUAGCGAAGCAAACGCUAUAUUAACCGCUAGCACGGAUACCGGUUAUCAGGAUGAUGUUGUUUCAAGUAUGCAUCUUUCUGCUGUUCAUCCGCGUUCUAUUACUAGUUCUAUUACUACUUCCAAAGAGCAUGAUCAACUUGUCUUAAGUAGUGAUACUGGCUAUCAAUGUGAUUUACCGCCACUUACCCAGUCUAAAAUUGCAACUCUGCAAGAUUGUCCAGUCUCUCUAGUUUCUUCAACCGAUACAGGUUAUCAAGGAGAAUUAUCCCCAAAUAUCAAUUCGAAUAAUGCAACUUUCACUAUUGUCUCGGAUGCUAUUGAUAAAGUGGAGGAGUUAGAAACUGAAAAAGAAAAGGAUAAAUCCUUGAAGGAAGAGGCAACUGUAGAUGUCAUACAAAUGUCGCAUCACUCGGAUUUCUCAGUUUCUGUCGAUUUUUCGACCCAGCAGUUGGAAGUCACAUAUGAUGUUAUUCAAAUGCAACAUGAAAGUAGCAGUUCGUCAAAUGAUAAAGAAAACUGUAUUGGAAAAGAUGUGAAACAUUCCAGUCCGGAAAAGCCAAAGAAAACUGCAGAGAAGAAAACCAAUAGUUUACGUAAACCCCAAGUUAAAACCAUUCCGAAAAAAGAUGAAAAACCUAUACCAAAGAAAAGUUCGAUACCACCAGCCAAAAAUCCUACUUUUAAGAGACCUAGUGUACCUCCUCCCAAAGUCACCACAAAGAAACCCGUUCAAAUUCCUGUUGUAAAGAGAACUUCAAUUACACCUAAAGUUCCACCGAUAAAAUUAAACUCUAGCACACUAUCUGAUAAUUCAUCAAACGCCUCCUUCACUCGACUAAAAACAUCAACGCCUGUGAAGAAAGAUGCACAAAAUAGACGGCUAUCUUUGGGAAUAUCUAAAGAAACACCUACUUUAAAGCAAAGAAAUAUUAAUAAUUCUACAACCAGUGUAGAUUCCCAAGCAUCCCGGAAUUCUGUUAGUUCAAGAGGUUCUUUCUCAACAAGGAAUACCAGUAAAGGCCCUCCUUCCGCAUCAAGUAAUACAUCCAUUUCCGCUGCUGCACGUCAAAAGAGAAGGUCCUCAAUGCCUCAUUCUAACAAUCCUCCGCUAAAGAAAGAAGAUCAUGCUAAGAUCGCAGAAAAUUUAAAGUUAGAAAAGAAGAAAUUAGAAAAGAUCCUUGCAGAUAGAGAAAAAAUGAUUGUUGAUUCCCAAAAGAUUUUACAACAUUCAAAUAGAGGCUUUUCUGUAUUUGCUGUUCUUCUUCAAUUUUUACAACUUAAGCUUGAUGAAUCGAAUUGUGAUAAUGAAAGAAUCAGAAAUUUUGGUGAGGCCAUAAAAACCGAAAGAGAUGAGUUAUAUACGGAAAUAGAACAAAUUAAGAACGAAUUUGAAGAAGAAAGAACAGAAAUAUCGAAUAAUCAUCAUUUAGAAAUAACAGAAUUACAAGAUCGAAUAACAGAAUUAGAAAGUUUAAUUGAAGAUUCCACUAAAAGUCAUCAAUUAGAAAUUCAGCAAGUUAAAGUGCACCAUCAAAAUGAAUUGCAAGAGCAAGAAGUAGAAUAUAAGCAGAAACUACAAGAUUUCGACGAUGAUCACAAUAUUCUCCUAACCGCUAUGCAAUCAGAACACGAAAAUAUCAUUGCAGAAUUACACGCCACUCACGAAACGAAAUUAUCAGAGAUGGCCGGGUGCUUUGAAACCAUUAAAAUCAAUUUAUCAAAUAAUGACAAAACUGGCAUUUUGGUAAGAAUAAUAGCUUAAUAUAAAAAGAAAUAUAAUAAUUCUAUAUUAGAAUAUAACUCUUCAAACUAUAAGAAAAAAAUAUAAAGAUGCUUUAAUAAUGUUGCUGCUUAUAAUCAAAAUCAAAUCUAUUUUCUAAAUUAAUCUUUUCAGCAAAAUUUUAAUUAUUGUUAUUUGUUUUCUAACAAAUUUUUAUUUCUUUUUUUUUGCUUGUUUUAAAAAUAUCUAUUCAAUGAAAAAAAAUUCCAGGAAAAAUUGGAGCUGUUAAGAGUUAAUUAUAAAAAGAAAUCGGUACUUUUAUAGAAUAUUUUUUUAAGUUAUAACUUUUAUUUUUUUUCACCUUCGACGUUUUCGUCAAUGAUUUUUUUAUAUAUAAAGCAACAACAUAAAUUAUCAAAAAAAAAACAACAACAACCCCAAAAACUGUAUAAAUGAUUUGCAAUAUAAUAAAAAUAUACUUCAACCUUUCUUAAAUACCCAAGUAUUUGCAUUUAAGCAAGGUAAAAGAGAAAUAGGAUCAAUAUAUCCCAAAAUCUAGGUAAAUACAUUUAUCAGGCUAUUCUUAUUUAUUAUGCAAAGAUGUUUUAAAUUUCAAGUGAAUGAAAAGUAUUAUUAAACGAAAAAUUCUGUCUCCUUAUAAUUUUCUUAUAAUAAUACUUUUGAACACUUUAGUCAUAAAUUUUACCCAAAAUCAAGCAAAAUAUAUAAGCAGAAAAUAUAUAUAUUAGUGUAAAUAUGUUUUUAAGAUACUAUUAUCAUCUAUCUAUGCAUAGAUUAUCUUUAACUUCUUAAUAGCUUUUAACUAUUUUAACCUCUCCUUCUAUAAAUAAUUGAUUCGCUUCAAUAAAAGCAAUCAUUGCCGGGAACGCAAAUUUCCGAGGUUGUGGUGCACAACUUCACCUUUGAAUUUUUUCUUAUCUGCUUCAACUUGUUGAAUAAUUUAACUAUUUCUUUUUAGGAAAAGGUCGACUACUUACGACGAGAGUGCGAAGAUUUACGGAAUAGAGAGAAGAGCUACCUACAAGAAAGCGAACAAAAUGCCCAUAUGAAAGUACAAAGUGCUUUAGCCAAGUAUAAGCAUUUACCCGAUGAAAUACGUAGUCUCAAAGCUGUAUUAGACAUGAAAAAUGAAGAAAUAUCCGCUCAAAGACAAAAAAUUGCUAGAUACGAAAGUCGCUUAGAAGAGCUAGAAAUUUUGAGGCGGAAAGUCGAAGAUUUAAAGAGAGAUGUUGAAAAUAAACAAGCAAUUAUAGAAAUGAAAGCCGAGUACGAAAAAGAUAUUGUAGACAAGCAUCAGAAACUUUUACGAAAGUUUGAAAAAGAAAGUAAAGCUAAUAAGAGACUUUCUAUGAAUAAUGAAGAAUUAGAGUAUAAACUUAGAUGCUAUAAUGAAACGACACCUCCUGGAGCACCUUGCUCCUUAAAACGAUCAGAUACUUAUGAGCUUUUAAAUGCUGAAGAGUCGUAACCUGCAAUUGUUUACCUUUACUUUUCAGUUUUUUUGUAAGAACUGCAGUAUUUUAGAAUCACUGUAAAUAAUCCAUCUUUAGUCAUGAUGUUUUGAUGUUGUACCAGUUUAGUAUGGUGCUUUUUUUAUUAGCAGAUUUUGCCUGUUUUUAAGUUGCAGAAAGAAAAACAAAUACAAGCAACGAAUGAUUUUACCGCUUUAAAUUUAGCUGUUUUAAUUGCUUGAGAUUACAAACGAAAAUUUUUGUGCAUUUAAUUCCUGUUUUCAAAUAUAAUAAAU